CUUAGUCAACCAAUGCUCAUUUGCAAAGUACGACAACCCAGGCUUCGGCAAAGAAAAACCUGAAAGAAGCUGUGGAGAAAGCUAUUCAAGAUGGUGGCAUUAUGACCAGACAUCAGGUCAGUGCUGUCCUGGAUGCCAUGACGGCCGUCAGCCAAUCAGAAAACAUAACAGAGAAAACGGCAGAGAUGUUCUUAAAUGCAUCAUCAGCCCUUUUAAACGAGAACAACCAAGAACACAUGAAUAAUCAGACGGUUGAUCUAUUGGAAACCGUCGAAGCCUUUGUACGCAAUGCGGCAGAACAGAUGGACCACGAAUGGAUACAAGUCCAAGAAAACUUAGAGAUUCAAAUUAUCCCGAUUGAAACCAAUGGUACACAGUCAGUGGCCACUCGGGACCAAGAAAGACGAAUAGCAAUCGAGAUACCCGUAGAUAGCGAAGUUAACGGCACACUGGCGGCAGUGAUGUACAAAACGUUACACGAAGACUUGCCAACGACUACCCCGAGUAAAUCAAGGAGCGAGAUUGUCAGCCAUGUUGUGUCAGUCUCCAUCAUGGGGGUUUACAACGUGGGAAAGCCGAGCAGAAUUAUAUUUAAGUCAAGCAAGCAUGACCAUCCAAGAAAUUGUUUCUACUGGAACUUCACCCAGAACAUGUGGAACCAAGAUGGCUGCCGAAAGUCAGACGAGAACGUCAGUCACGUGACCUGUGAAUGUGAUCACAUGACCAACUUUGCCAUCCUGAUGUCAUACUCUGAGAAGGGAGUGACUGAGGGGAGUCAGGCUCUUGGUGUGAUCACCAUGGUCGGCAGCGGGAUAUCCAUCACGUGCCUUUUUACAACGAUAGUGAUUUAUGGCUGUUUAAGAUUGCUUCUCCAAGAGCGUUACAUGGUCCAUGCCAACCUAGCGAUGUCCCUUCUCAUUGGGCAGCUCGUCUUCGUUCUCGGGUCCCAGGCAUCGGGAAACCCAGACAUUUGCCGCCUGGUCGCCUUCCUGCUUCAUUUUGCAUUCCUGGGGUCCUUCUCCUGGACCGCUAUGGAGGGUUUACAGCUCUACCGGAAGUCUGUCAGGAUCUUCAACCCGGGUGGAGACAUGAGGGCUGUAUAUGUCGUCAUCGGAUGGGGGAUACCGGUCAUUGUUGUGGGAGUCUGCUUCGGCGUCGGGUUCGCCGAUUACGGAGCCAGGGCCGACGGAUUCGGAAGCCAAAGCUGUUGGUUGCAUGGUUCAAUCAGAUGGGGAUUCAUCGGCCCAGCAAUCGCAAUUAUGGUGUUCAAUAUCACCAUUGUGGGACUGGUAUUACGUGUACUGCUCAGUCUGAAGGCUAUUACCAAUAAGAGUGGAGUACAGAAGAUAAAGUCUGGCUUGAAGGCCCUCAUGGUCCUCGUUCCCCUCCUUGGGCUAACUUGGGUGUGCGGCUUCCUUGUUUCAGUAGAUAUCUGCUUUGAGUACAUCUUCGAUAUCUGUCUGCCCUUACAAGGAGUCCUGCUCUUCGUGUUCCAUUGCUUGUUAAAUGAUGAGGUAAAGACGAAACUGAACCUGCACCGGAGAAUAAUGAAGGUUUCUCCGGCACCGUCAUCAACAAUGUCUACCCUCACACGGAUGAAUAGCAGCAAAAUCACCACGAAAUUAAUUCUGGCCAGCAAUAUGCUGUCGCCCCUUCCUUCCAAAUUUUCCCAACUACAGGAGGAAUUCUCCCCGCGGAAGAAGGUGCUCAUACCCCGAUCUGGAACGAUGGAGCCAGGAAGCCACACUUGCAGCUGAAAUUGUGAAAAGGAAUCAAAAAGGCAUGCCUGGGCAUGUUUCAGCAGGCCAGCAACAUUUAGAAUUUCUCCCUAACUUAGAAGGUCCUCAUGCCCCAAUCUGGGACAGGGGAGCCAGGAAUACACACAUGCAUUAUGGCACAAACUAUGCCAUCGUCCUAUCCAGGAUUGGGACCGAAGUUCUCUAAGUGUCGUAUUCUAAAAAUGCACUUAUUAUUCAU